CAUAUCGUCUUUCGGCUUCUCUUCUCUCUUUCAUUUCCAAACCUCUUGGGUUUCUUUCAUACUCCAUUGAUAUCUCCUCCGAUGGCGAUUUCUGUCACUGCCCCCUUCACAUGUCGCUCAUGGACUUUCGACCCUGCCACACCCUUGCCUUCUUCAUCUUCUUCCUCCUCAAAGCUUUCCAAUUUUUCUUCCCUGCAAUCUCAUUCCCACCUUCAUCGUCUCACUCUUAAUAAUCGUCCCUUUACUGCUUUCCCAUCUAAGCCUAGAACACUUCAUCUGGUUCAAGCAAAGAAGCAAACAUUUUCCUCCCUUGAUGAGUUACUGGAAAAAGCUGAGAAGCCCGUAUUGGUCGACUUUUAUGCAACUUGGUGUGGCCCUUGUCAAUUUAUGGCUCCUAUACUGAACGAAGUUAGUAUUACCAUGGCCGACACAAUCCAAGUGGUGAAGAUCGACACAGAAAAGUAUCCCGAAAUUGCAAACAAGUACAGCAUAGAGGCUUUGCCAACUUUCAUCUUAUUCAAGGAUGGAAAGCCCUUCGACCGUUUUGAAGGAGCUUUGACAGCAAACCAGCUGGUCCAACGAAUCGAGGAUACACUAAAAGCUAAGAAGUAACAGGGGUUAAAUUGAUUUGGUUUUAUUCCCUAUGCAAUUUCAUUACCUUUGUUUGGGCUGUUUUGGAAAUGUGAUUACAGAUUGUAACAAACAUUUCUAUAUAUCAUUUGGUACAGGAACUGAAUUUGUGAUUAAUUGUUGGAUUGAUUGAGGUAAUGAUGUGGUGUUUUUACUCAA